AUGCUCAUCUUGUUGGAUUGGGCUUCUCUUGCUGCAUUGCCAACUGAAACCAAGUACAAGUAUGGUGAUAGAUUUGCUGAAGAUACCUUGUUGAAUAAUUGCAUCAAAUUCUUAACCGAAUGUCCAAGAUUGAGUAAUAUGAGUGAAAUUGCCAAGGUUUUCAUCAAGGAUCCUGAUUGUAAGGAUGCUUUCAUGGGAUUGGAAAAAUUGAUUUUCAGAGUUGUUCACAAUGCUGAAAGUAAGGAAUCUUCUGGUUUCCUUGGCUAUUCUUACAAGGUUAAUGGAGCUGAUUUGGUUGUCACUUUGGAAUGUAAUUUGACUCUUGUUAUGAAGGUUGCCAACGAAAGACAAAGUCCUUCUGCUGAUUCUGAAGCUAAAAAGUUGAUUAAUUCUUUCUAA